AUGAAGGUGAUCGUCUUGUUAACGGCACUGGCGGCUUGCAUUGCUGCAUUGCCUGCUAUUCCUCAUUCAGGUCAGGCUCAAACCAGUGCAGAUGAAUCCUACCUCCCCAUGAGGAUACGGGCCGAGACCAGUGCCGACGAGUCUUAUUUGCCGAUGAAGAGGGCCGAGACCAGCGCCGACGAAUCAUACCUCCCAAUGAGGCGGGCAGAGACGAACGCAGAUGAAUCUUACGACCCUAUGAAGCGCGCUGAAACCAGUGCCGACGAGUCUUAUGACCCCAUGAAGCGCGCUGAAACCAGCGCCGAUGAGUCCUAUCUUCCCAUGUAG